CGGGCGGGGCCGGAACGUCUUUCUCCGGCUGCGGGCGGGAGGCGCCACUUCCCCGCCACACCGGUCAUGGCUGCAGCUGCUCGGGGCCAGAUUUGGGCCCAGAAACUUCUCCUGGUUCCUUGGCUUCUGCGCAGCCCCAGAAGAUAUGCCUCCUCCAACUUCAAGGCUGCAGACCUGCAGCUGGAACUGACCAAGACACCCCAGCAGAAGCCGGCCACAAGCGAGGGCCUGGUCUUUGGGAAGACGUUCACUGACCACAUGCUGAUGGUGGAGUGGAAUGCAGAGAAGGGCUGGACCCGGCCCCGCAUCCAGCCCUUCCAGAACCUCUCACUGCACCCAGCCUGCUCUGCGCUCCACUAUUCCCUGCAGCUCUUCGAGGGCAUGAAGGCCUACAAGGGCCCGGAUGGGAAGGUGCGCCUCUUCCGCCCCUGGCUCAACAUGGACCGGAUGCUGCGCUCUGCCCUGCGCCUCUGCCUGCCGAGCUUUGACAAGGCCCAGCUGUUGGAGUGCAUCCGGAGGCUGGUGGAGGUGGACAAGGACUGGGUGCCAGACAGCGCGGGCACCAGCCUCUACGUGCGCCCUGUCCUGAUCGGCAACGAGCCUUCGCUCGGUGUGAGCCACGCCUCCAGAGCCCUCCUGUACGUCAUUCUCUGCCCGGUGGGCGCCUACUUCCCCGGAGACGCCUUGACUCCCGUGUCGCUCUUGGCGGACCCCACCUUCAUCCGUGCCUGGGUGGGUGGGGUCGGCGACUGCAAACUGGGGGGGAACUACGGGCCCACUGUAUUCGUGCAGCAAGAGGCCAAGAGGAAGGGCUGCGAGCAGGUCCUGUGGCUGUUUGGGCCUGAUCACGAGCUCACCGAGGUGGGCACCAUGAACAUCUUCGUCUACUGGACCUACGAGGAUGGGGUUCUGGAGUUGGUGACGCCCCCGCUGGACGGCGUCAUCCUUCCCGGAGUUGUCAGGCAGAGUCUGCUGGACCUGGCGCAGUCCUGGGGAGAUUUCCGGGUGUCCGAGCGGAAGAUCACCAUGAAGGAGCUGACGCGGGCGCUGAAAGAAGGCCGGGUGCGGGAAGUCUUCGGUUCAGGCACCGCCUGCCAGGUCUGCCCGGUGCACCAGAUCCUGUACCAAGGCCAGAACCUGCACAUUCCCACCAUGGAAAACGGCCCUGAGCUCAUCCACCGCUUCCUGAAGGAGCUGAAGGCCAUCCAGAAUGGAACCAAAGGACACGAGUGGAUGUUGCAAGUGUGAUGCUGCAGUCUGUGCCCGACCAGCCGUCGGACCCAUCAGCCCGUAGCCCUAGUCCCUGCUGGACCCUCGUCUUCAUACCAAGGACUCACCCCAAGUGCAAUAAGACUGAAGGCCUGGGCCGGGGGCGCCCGGGUCUCUGGGCCCCGCGGGGUUGCUAUAUUCCCAAAGCCAUAAGGGCCAGAACCAGUCGUCUUGGCUCCAAGCCCCAUCUCUCAGGCCUGGGGAUCUAGAUCCCCGAAGCUCCGUUUGGGGGGGUCAAAAGAAUGCAUUUUGACCCCGAACUCCACCUCCGUUUCCAGGCUGGAUCUCCCAGCAGUGCCAUUGAUAGAUUUGUCUUUUUUUUCUUGCUGCGGUUUUGAAAUAAAAUGCCAAAGAACAAGA